AUGGCUUCCUUGAACGAGAUCGUUGUGGCGUCAACAGAGUUUGGCAACGUAGUGCAUCCGUCCGCUGAGGCUUACGAUCGCCAAAUACGCCAACACUUGUCCUUCCUCAGGCGUGCUCUUUCGAAUCAAGAUCUCAACUCUGUUCUGAACGAUGAGAGCGUAUUUGACAAACUUGACCCUUCAAAGGAUUCAAUCACCUACUUGCUGAUCCUUCGACAUCAAAUCAAAGCCGCGCAAGAGAAGGCGGGCAAAUCAACACCAGCGAAGUUGCUUCCAAUCGGCGGACUCUGGCGGAGAAUGGCCUAUUAUCUAGAAAACUUCGAACCUGUUCAAACAAGAUAUGUCGGCCAAGAAUGGCGCCAGGUGGUCGAGGUGUUUGCACAGACCGCUGAGGAAUUUUCUCAACCGAUCUUAGCUACUCAGGUUAUCAGGGACGCGAUAUUGCGACUCGACCCAUCAUCUGCCGUCUUCACGUCUACUCACCUUCUUUUUGCCCGACUCUGCCUCCGAGCCAAGACAUACUCCUGCGCCCUCCCGGUUUUGAAGAGGCCUAUCUGCCAUAUCCCGGCAGCUUUAAAUGGCAGUAAUCUCCGAUCUGCUCCAUUAUUAUGCGACGAUCACCAAUCCAGCUUGGCCUUUUUGGGGGAGAAGUCGGGUUUCUCAUCGAAAUUAUCGCACAAGGAGUUCCUGGAGUAUUUCCUCUACGGGGGCAUGAUCUUUAUGGCUGUGAAAGAUUGGCGCAAUGCGUCACAUUUUCUCGCGACUGUGGUCUCAAUGCCGUCCGUUGGUGUCAUCAGCAAAAUCAUGCUCGAGGCCUACAAGAAAUGGAUCUUGGUAGGGCUUUUGGAGACAGGAAAGCUCAACACGUUACCUAGCAUCACUCCAUCGCAUGCGAGCAAAACAUACCACACCUUGGCUAAACAAUACGUCCAACUUGCCGAGGCUUACGAGCGUGGGGACUCGAGGAAAUUCCAGGAAAGAUUUGACAGCGGGGAAGAAAGGUGGAAGCAGGACAAUAAUACUGGUCUUGUACUUCAAGUGUCGGAGAGUUUGACAGCCCAUUUCCUAAAACGGAUCAAGAAAACAUUCGCUUCAUUGACCAUUUCCCAGCUGCUAGAACAGGAUACGCCUCUACCCAAGGAUCCUGCCGCCGCAGAGUCUAUUAUCGCGUCCUUGAUUACAGCAGGCGACUUGAAGGCUACUUUGGUACAUUCGUCAAACCACUCUGGUGACACAAUGUUGAGGUUCUCUGCCGGCUCAAAUUCCUCACGAUUGUCCCACGAAUUAGAUGUUCAAGCACAGCUAAAGAAAGAGAAGCUUAUGCUCGAGGUGUUGAUGAACCGAAUUGACGAGAGCAAGCAUAACCUUGCACUCAGUGACGAACUCGUCGAUCACCUCAGGAAGGGGCAGUCGUGGACUGGAGCUGGUGAAAAUGGUGCUGACAAGGAUGACGGUGCGGACAUAGAAGAGGACAUCAUGGUUGACUUUGCUUAA